GUGUUGUGUACGUGUUGUUAUAGCAACCAGCACCCUGACCAUGGCUGUAGCCAGCACCGGAGAGAAAUUAUCUGGGAGUUUAUGGGACCAAAUAUGUCAAGAAUAUGAACAAGAGCAGCCUUCACCUCCACCAGGUCUUUAUUCUAAAGCGAAGCCAUUUCUUUCAAUCAAUGAUUUUGACGGAUGUGUUAGCGGUGGCAUAAAACUGCCUGACCCAAAAACAUGUUCUCCAAGAAAAUAUUUGGAAAACUACAUAUUUCCCGUGUUACUGCCAGGAUUGGCUGAAUUGCUGAUUGAAGCAAAAAAGCAGAAGUGCUUCGAAAGGAAAAGAACGAAAUUCGUCGCUUGUGACUUUCUCACCCAGUGGCUUUACAAUCACAAUCCAAAAAGAAACGGUCAGCAGUUUACUGGCUUUUUUGACAUCCCGUUUGUUGAAGAAUGGUUGAAAGAUCACCCAAGACCUCCUAUUCCUCUAUCACUACUGCUUUCUGAGGAAGAGGCAGCUAAGAUUAUACAGUCAUUCUGGAGAGGAUAUCAGGUACGCUGUGAUCCUGAAGUUCAAGAAUUACGCCAGUGGCAAAAAGAUUUAAGGGAGGCCAAAGACAUAAAUAAAAAAAUCCAGGAGUUUUGGGCUACACAGGAAUCAAAAGUUGAAAAAGAGCUGAAGGAGAUGCAAGGCGGAGAAACAGCUGCAAACAAUCCAGAGGUGUCCACCAGAGCGUCCUCACUGUCUCCAGAGAAUAUACAUAUGAGCUGAAUAGUGAAACACUGGUACAACAUGUACCAUCCUAUGACAUUUUACCAUAUCUUACAUUCAGAUAUUCUGGCAAUGCACUUGUUUAUAUUUUCAAA